CCCGAGCCCCUGCCCGCCCUGGUCCCGCUGAGCAUCUUCCCGGCCCCCCCGAGCAUCCUCCGGGCGCGGCCAGGGCCGGCCAGGGGCUUCUCCUCCAGGCCGGGGACGGGGGAUACUGAAUUCCCCCCGUUUAUGGCAACUUCACCGCCGGCAAGAUGUCGGGGGACGCUUUUGCCGGAGCGAAAAUCUCUUUUGUACCCUAACGGGAGGGCUGCGGUGCCCGGGGGUCGCGCAGAGCCGGGGGACAGCGGGGCAAGGGCUGAGACCUCCCAGCCCUGCCCGCGAUGGAGAAACGCCACACUGGGGUGGCACAGAGUGCAAAUCCAUAGGGGCAGACGGGUGUAAAUCCAGCGGGAGGAGAAAAUCCAAUUUACGGCAGCGCAGGGAUGCUCGGGGGAGCGAGGCGGAGAGUGCCGGAGGCUGGUCCAGCGCCGCGGCUGGGCAGCGCAUCCCGCAUCCCGCAUCCCGCAUCCCGCUCUGCUCCUGGCCACGGGAUCUUUGGGCCACACACAAUACGUACGAGGCUUUUCCAGCUGGUGUGUUCCCCAGAUGGGAUUCCUGCUAUGGAAAAUCCCUGCAACAGGCUUCCCGGCAGCCCGGGAGAUGCUUCCCGCUGGGUUUUAUUGCCUGGGGAGGCGGCAGGAACGGCAGGGAGCGGGUGAAGGGGAUUGCAGACAGCUCCUCUGGGAGCAGCAGGAUGGAGUGGUGCCCUGAUGGGUUGUUCUGCUCUGGGAUGGAGGUCUUGGGCUGAACCCCAGCAUCGUGUGGGAGGGGGACCCCAUCCCAGCCCCCCAGCACAGCCUCAGGGCCGGGGCAGUGCUGCCCUGUGCACCCACCUCUGCAGCAAGAGAAGCAUUUUGGGCUCCAAGAAGUCACUCACAGGGCUUGUGGGCACCACGUUUGCCCCCUGCCUCAGCAUCCAACACAUCCUGGCAGCUGGAAAACCUCUCUGCUCCUGCAAACGCCAUGUCUGGCAGAGAAACCAAAGAAAUCACUGUCAUUGAUUUUUCCUCCCUUGCCUGACUCAACCUACCGCCUUGGAGGAGAUUUUUUUCACCACCACCACUACUCCUGGAUGCCAGGGAGAUCUGCAGGAGGUGGGCUGGGGACCAGCCAGGAAUUCAUAGCAGCCCCCUGGGGCUGAACCACAGGGAUGAACCCUGUUUUGGGUGGCUCUGGUCACUGGAGGGUGUCAGGAAUUUGGAGAGCUCAUUUUGGGAUGCGUGGUUGAUGCUGGGGUCUCUCUGGCAGCUCUUGGAGAAGCAGAUCUGAAAAAAGCAGAGUCAAAUCCCAUCCCCUCUCUGAAAGCUGCAGGAGUGUGCCUGCCCUGCCAGCCCCAGGCACCAGAGAUGCUGAAAAGGGCAUAAAGCAGAGCAAGUGUGCUUCCUGCAGGGAGCCAGCGCUUCCCGAGGCAGCCGGGAUCUUCCCCGCAGCCGCCUUCCGAUGGGCUCGGUGGGAGCCGAGCGCUUCAAGGAGCUGAGCCCGGCGGCGACGCCCGAGGGGAACGUGGUGAUGAGCUUCAGCUUCGACAGCUACCAGCUGGAGGAGGACGAGCUGCAGCGGGGCAGCCAGGCCAAGGGUGUCCUCACCUUCAUGGAGCCAGUUUCUGAGGACCCAGAGCCCCAGGAUCGAUACCAUGGGAUUUAUUUUGCCAUGCUGCUGGCUGGGGUGGGAUUUCUCCUGCCCUACAACAGCUUUAUCACCGAUGUGGAUUACCUGCACCAUAAAUACCCAGGGACCUCCAUUGUCUUUGACAUGAGCCUCACCUACAUCCUGGUGGCCUUGGUGGCCGUCAUCCUCAACAACGCGCUGGUGGAGCUGCUGAGCUUGCACACCCGGAUCUCUGUGGGCUAUCUCUUCGCCCUGGGGCCCCUGCUCUUCGUCAGCAUCUGUGAUGUGUGGCUGGAGCUGUUCAGCCGCAGACAAGCCUACGCCAUCAACCUGGUGGCUGUCGGGGUGGUGGCCUUUGGCUGCACAGUGCAGCAAUCCAGCUUCUACGGCUACACGGGGCUGCUGCCCAAGCGCUACACGCAGGGAGUGAUGACGGGCGAGAGCACCGCCGGGGUCAUCAUCUCGCUGAGCCGCAUCUUCACCAAACUGCUGCUGUCCGAUGAGAAGGAGAACACCGUCAUCUUCUUCUUCAUCUCCAUCGGCAUGGAGCUGACCUGCUUCAUCCUGCACCUCCUGGUGAAGCGCACGCGCUUCGUGCGCUACUACACGGACUGUUCGCGCCAGGGCCUCCCCGAGAGCCGCGGGGCUGGCGAGCCCGGCCCCGGCUACCGCGUCCACCACGACGUCACCUCCGAGGACGUCCGAUUUGAGAACCGGGAGCAGGGGCAGCCGAGCUCCCCCCGGGGCAGCCCCGGCCCCGAGGCUGAGCUGGCUGGGAGCGGCACCUACAUGCGCUUCGAUGUGCCCCGGCCCAAGAUCAAGAGGAGCUGGCCCAGCUUCAGAGACAUGCUGCUGUACCGCUACGUCGUGUCCCGCCUCAUCUGGGCCUACAUGCUCUCCAUCGCCAUGACCUACUUCAUCACACUGUGCCUCUUUCCCGGGCUGGAGUCGGAGAUCCACAACUGCACGCUGGGGGAAUGGCUCCCCAUCCUCAUCAUGGCCAUCUUCAACCUCUCUGACUUCGUUGGCAAGAUCCUGGCUGCCCUGCCCUACGACUGGAGAGGGACCCACCUCCUCGUCUACUCCUGCCUCCGCGUGGUCUUCAUCCCCCUCUUCAUCAUGUGCGUCUACCCCAACGGGCAGCCCACCUUCGGCCACCCCGCCUGGCCCUGCAUCUUCUCCCUCCUCAUGGGCAUCACCAACGGCUACUUCGGCAGCGUGCCCAUGAUUCUGGCCGCGGGCAAAGUGAGCCCGGAGCAGCGCGAGUUGGCAGGGAACACCAUGACCGUGUCCUACAUGACGGGCUUGACGCUGGGCUCGGCCGUGGCCUACUUUGCCUACAGCCUCACCAGUACCUCCCACAGCUCCUGUUUCUACACUGAAACCUCCAACGGCUCCUUCACCUCGGGGUACUGAGCCCUGGGGCGGGGCAGUGGGGACAGGAUGGGACCUGCUUCCCACCAUGGUCCCCAGCGCCCCACAUCCCUCCUCAGGGAGGGAGCCUGGAGCCAGAAAGCCACCCCAGCAUGGACAAGGACUGGUGCCCUGUUGGCACAGGGCUGUGGCAUUCCAAAACGGCUGUGCUGCCCAGCCAGGCACUGUGCAAGGCCACUGCUUGGGGUGACAUUCCUCCCACCCCAGGGGACAGUUCUUGUUGCUUUUGGGGUCUCCCCAUCAGCAAAGUGCAGCUCUCCAGUGAAGGCUGGGGAUCUUCUGUUUAUGCCAAGCCAUUGACAGGAGGAAGAAAAUACUGCCAAAUCCCAAAGGGAAUAGGACCAGCACUGGGGAGGAGGGUGAUGGAGGGCUGGUGAGAGGAAGGAAAUGCUCCUUCAGUCCCUGCUGGCUCUGGGAAGGUGGGUCUCGACUUCCAUUGAUGGUUUUCACCAGGAAUGGCUUGAAAUGACAGUCCCUCCCUAAAUACACGCAUUACUUCUGAUGGUUGGGGAAAAAAGAUUUUCUUUUUUUUUACUGUGUCUUGUUUUACCCUCCCUAAUUGUAACAGAGGCAGGGUCUUGCCUCCCCCCACCCCACACUGUGAAUCUGCCCCACUGCAAGGGGUAGAGAGGGAUCCCAAGGCUACAGCACUGCCAGUGCCACCCGCAGGCUGCUGCUGAGCUCCAGGAUUUAUUGCACAGGACGUAAGUGAAGCUGAUUAAAUAAUUAAAUGUCUUUGCAGCGCUGGCUGGUCCUUAGCUGUGCCACUGGCACUGGUAGCACUUGACUGCUGGUGAAGGGCUGGGCUGGCAGACACACACAGGGCGGUGCCUGCUGCCUGUCCUGCUGGGUCUGGGGGUGCUCCUUGUGCUGCUCCCCAUCUUCAGGACCCCCUGUGUCACCUGGGGGGGGUGACCAUGGGUUACACCAAACCCCUGCCAGCCUGCAAACUGCCCCAGGCAGCACACGGGAGAGGGAACAGGCCAAGAGGAGCAGAAAACAUCAGGAGAAGGUGCCAACCCCACGUUUUGGGACCAGCUGCACCUCACUGUGCCAACUGGAGGGUGCCAGCUCCCAGGGAACCAAGCCCAAGGAGCCGGUGAGUGCCAGGCCUGGCCCUGACCCGAACCCCACAGCAGGGCAGGGUCUGGCUGUGCCAAGCUCCUGCCUGUGUGAAGUGCAGCUCACACCAAAAAGAGCAAAUCCAGCGUUUCAUCCUCAGCACAUGGUGCCCUGAGCAUGGUGGCAGGGGGAGGACUGACGCCUCCAGCCCACAGCCCUGUCCAGCAGACACCUCUACUCCAGUGUCCAGUCCUGUCCAUCGGUGCCACCACGUCACACAGAUGUGUUCUCCCCAAAAAGCCACCAGGCACCUGGGUUGUGUCUUUUUCCAGGGCAAAAAGCCAUGAUUGCCACCAAGGGGAUAAAAACCCUGCGGUCAGGACAAGCGAGACAAAGAAAGAUGCUUCGUUGGGUUGCUUUUUUUCAAUCAGAUUUUUUUUUUUUUUUAUGAAAAAAGAUCACACGGAGUUCUCCAACAAACAGAAUGCCAAAAAAAUUGUUUUAAACAAAACAUAAACAAAACAAAACAAAAAGACAAAAACCUGGCUCUCCUUUCCUCUCGAUUGUCUGAAAUAUCCUUGUGUUCCAUAGAAGGCAGUGGGUUUUAAGUGCUUUCUAUUUAACAUUAGCAUAAAAUCUCUCUCGCGCGCUCUCUCUCUCGCUCUUUAAAAUAUGCUCACACAAUUUGCUUCUAGAAGUACAGUACACUUUGAGCGUGGGGGGUGUGCCUGUUCCCAGAUCAUUUACAAUCACAAUCCAACAGGAAAUAAAAAAUAAUAUUCUAAACGUCA